UGAUCCUCACUGAGAGUCAGUAAGUUCUAAAACCAAAUAGAUCCUUCUUUUAAUUUAUUUAACUACAUUAGCAUAACGUUCACACCUUUACACACAAAAAUAUGGAGUCGUCGCGGAGCCUCGAGCACGUGCUCUCCAUGCAAGGAGGCGAUGAUGUCGUCAGCUACGUGAACAACUGUUACGGUCCCGCCGCAGCUUUAGCCUUGAGCAAACCAAUGCUGACGUCAGCUAUCCACUCUAUUAAGCUUACCAAAGGAUGCUCCUACUCUCACCUGAAGAUAGCCGAUCUAGGUUGCGCAAUCGGAGACAACACCUUUUCCACGAUCGACACGGUGGUUGAGGUGUUACGGCGGAAGCUGGCCGUGGAUAAAGACGGCGCAACCGAGCCGGAGUUUGAGGUCUUUUUCUCUGACUUGCCUUCUAACGACUUCAACACGUUGUUUCUGUCGUUGGAUGAGAAAGUGAACGGUUCCAGCCGGAAGUACUUCGCGGCUGGCGCUCCGGGGUCGUUCUAUAAGCGGCUGUUUCCCAAAGGAGAGCUCCAUGUCGUUGUGACUAUGAGCGCCUUACAAUGGCUCUCUCAGAUACCCGAAAAGGUGAUGGAGAAAGGAUCGAAGUCAUGGAAUAAGGGAAGGGUGUGGAUUGAAGGAGCAGAGAAAGAAGUCGUGGAGACAUACGCGGAGCAAUCAGACAAGGACUUAGCCGAGUUCUUGAAAUGUCGCAAAGAGGAGAUUGUGGUAGGAGGAGUGUUGUUCAUGUUGAUGGGUGGUCGACCAUCUGGCUCAGUCAGCCAAAUCGGAGAUACUGACUCGAGUCUCAAGCACCCUUUCACAACUUUGAUGGAUCAAGCUUGGCAAAAUCUGGUAGACGAGGGUUUAAUUGAAGAGGAGAAACGAGAUGGUUUUAACAUCCCGGUGUACUUUAGAAGCAUGGAUGAUAUCGUUGCUGCGAUUGAUCGUUGUAGUGGUUUUAAGAUAGAGAAAAUGGAAAAUUUUAAAAUAGCUGAUCACAUGAAUGGUAAGCAGGACGAGUUUAUGAAAGAUCCGGAUUCGUAUGGUCGAUCCAGGGCUAACUAUGUUCAAGCCGGUUUAAAGCCGAUUGUUCAGGCCUAUCUCGGUCCUGACCUGACCCUUAAGCUCUUCAAACGUUACGCAAUUCGAGCUGCUGCCGACAAAGAUAUUCUCAACAAAGACACUUUUUAUCAUAUGAUCGCUGUUUCAGCAAUUAGGGUUUGAUGUUAUUAUCUAUGUACAUGCGUAGUAUUAUCAGAGUAAGACCCUUGUAUUUCAUAUGUAUUAUAGUGUUUGCUGUAACUUUUGAAAUUUUACAAUCUUUCCC